AUGGGAUGUUCCAUGAUGUGUCAUUUUAUGCAUGGUUCUUAUAUCGAAAGGCAUGUGUAUGGACGAUGGCAAGCCAUUGUUGAUGACAAAGAGUUGGGGAUCCAAGAGCUUAUCUGCAAAGAAUUAAACUUCCCUCACAUAAGUUUGUCUGCUGCUGAACAAGCUGGCUUGCAGGGGCAGAAUGGUAGUGGAAGCUCCAAUCCGGGAGCACAGAACAACCAGAAUCAUGGGAGCGGUAUUACGGGGAACAAUAAUGCUUUUGCUGAUGCGGGUCAAGUAAACUCGAUGUUUUACUAUCGGGACAUGCAAAGAAGACUUGUUCAGUUUGUGAAAAAGCGAGUUCUGCUUCUGGAGAAGGCAUUGAAUUAUGAAUAUGCAGAGGAAUUUUAUGGACUUGGCAGCUCAUCAUCUAUGCCUAGUGAAGAACCAGAAGCUGAAGCAAAGGUCACUGACACAGUAGGAGUAGACUUUAUCGAGGUUAAUGAUGAAAUGCUUGAUGGACUUCCUAAGACUGAUCCCAUCACUUCUGAAGAAAUGAUAGUGGCUGCUGUUGACAACAACCAAGAGGGGGUUGAAGUAGCUCAACUUUUUAACAAGGAAGAUCACUUGGAGAGUUGGUCCGGAAGAUUGGUGAAAGGGUGCUUCCUGUUAUCAUUCGAAUUUUACCUCAAGAAGAUAUCAGAUGUUGACAAAAGACAAAGUGCUGGAUUGCUUGACAUGGAUAAGUUUAGCCCAACUCUCUGGAAGCAUUAG